AUGGACGUUUUGGGAAGAGCGCGACUGAACUUGUUCGAGCGCUCCGUGCCGGUCGAUGAAAUAGAGGCAUUCCUCCAAAUUCUACUGAGCCAGGAGCCCAGAGCCGAGCCGUAUCCAGAACGCCCGCUGGACUGUGCCCAUGCGUUUCUCUAUCUAAACUAUUUCAUCACGGGUGAAACAUUCGGUAUGAAUGCCCUCCAUUUCCAGGGACCUCUCAUCAAUGCCUUGUUACCACUCGUGUCGCGCGAUUUGCGGCGAGAGUAUCGACGGAAUCUCAACCUGGCUUUUGGUCGACGACUACCAGCUGAACUGUACGAGGAGAUACUAGAUCGCAUCGAAAAUGCGCAUGAUCUUCCCAAGGACCAAGCAGACUGGAAAGAAAAGUUGAAACUGAUGCAAAUCCACUGGGAUCCUUUGUCGAUUAAUGGUCAACCAUUCGAGUUCUGA